AUGGCCUCUUAUCCGGAGUUGUUGAGGAAAAAGGAGGCCCAGAACUGGGUCAAGGCCGCCCUCGCCCUCAACAUCACCAAGGGGGGUUUACAAGACUUUGUGGAUGAUGUUCUGACAUGCGUUCACCAGGACAUCUAUAGAACCUAUGUUCCUUGUCCAAAUGGGAUUUGUGAAAGCGUCCGUGAUGAAAUAGUUCAACAUCACAGGUUUUCGGGACCAUCAUGGAAGAACACGAAGGCAGACAAAUGGAGCACCAUUCCCUUGGAGAUAGCCAAGUGUUUUCUUCCUCCUGAUGGCUACAAGACCGUGUCCUCCAUCAAAGACAGUGACUUCAACGGCGUGAUCAGCGUCAUGAUGAAUUGCAAGGAUUUCCAGAACAAGCUGUCGUUUAACGUUGCAACACAUCCAAAUUUGUUAACAGAAGUUCGAGACAUUGGUCGACGCGUACGCCACUCCAAUGACCAGAGGGUCAAGGAUACAGAACUAGUGGACUUCCUGUUCAAGCUUCGCACCCUGCUGGAGGAUAAGACUGAACUUGCAAACCGUCCCGAGGCACAACAGGCUGUGGAACAGCUUCAGAAGCUGCAAACAGACGAUUUCAAGCUGAGUGCUGAGAACGAAGGGGAGAUGUUGAAGGAAGGUACGGAUAGAAAAUUCCGACCCGAGGGCACGCGCGAUUACGACUACGUUUGA